CCCGCAGCAGUGGCCGGGGCGGGCGCGGCGGCCGGGGCGGGACAGAGCGCGGCUCCGCCCCCGCUCCUCACUUGACUCGGGGUCGGGCGGUCGGCGAGCGGAGGCGGAGGCGCGCGGGCAGCUUGGGCCCAGCCCACAGCCCUGGCCAGGCCCAGGAGGCGUCAUGUGGCGGCUUCCUUUAGGGCUGCUGUUCCUGCUGUUGCUGACUGGCCAGGUCACUCUGGGCACCCGGCGGAGUCGUUGGCGCCGGGAGCUAGCGCCAGGGCUGCACCUGCGAGGGAUCCGGGACGCGGGUGGCAGGUACUGCCAGAAGCAGGACCUGUGCUGCCGCGGCCGCUCGGAUGACUGUGCCCUGCCCUACCUGGGUGCUACCUGUUACUGCGACCUCUUCUGCAACCGCACGGUCUCCGACUGCUGCCCUGACUUCUGGGACUUCUGCCUCGGCGUACCGCCUCCGUUCCCUCCCAUCCAAGGAUGCAUGCAUGGGGGCCGUGUCUAUCCUGUCUUAGGAACCUACUGGGAAAACUGUAACCGCUGCACCUGCCAGGAAAAAGGGCAGUGGGAGUGUGACCAGGAGCCAUGCUUGGUGGACCCAGACAUGAUCAAUGCCAUCAACCAGGGCAACUACGGGUGGCAGGCUGGGAACCACAGUGCCUUCUGGGGCAUGACCCUGGAUGAGGGCAUUCGCUACCGCCUGGGCACCCACCGCCCGUCUUCAUCCGUCAUGAACAUGAAUGAGAUUUACACCGGACUGGGUCCUGGGGAGGUGCUGCCUGUGGCCUUUGAGGCCUCUGAGAAGUGGCCCAACAUGAUCCACGAGCCUCUGGACCAGGGCAACUGUGCGGGGUCCUGGGCUUUCUCCACAGCAGCUGUGGCAUCUGACCGUGUCUCCAUCCAUUCUCUGGGACACAUGACACCUGUCCUAUCGCCCCAGAACCUGCUGUCCUGUGACAGGCACCAUCAGCAGGGCUGUCGCGGCGGGCGUCUCGAUGGUGCCUGGUGGUUCCUGCGACGCCGAGGGGUUGUGUCUGACCACUGCUACCCGUUCUCGGGCCGUGAGCAGGAUGAGGCUGGCCCCGCCCCUCCCUGCAUGAUGCACAGCCGCGCCAUGGGUCGGGGCAAGCGGCAGGCUACUGCCCGCUGCCCCAACAGCCACGUCCACGCCAACGACAUCUACCAGGUCACUCCAGCCUACCGCCUUGGCUCUAAUGAGAAAGAGAUCAUGAAGGAGCUACUGGAGAACGGCCCUGUGCAAGCCCUCAUGGAAGUGCACGAGGACUUCUUCCUGUACCAGGGCGGCAUCUACAGCCACACGCCCGUGAGCCUCGGGAGGCCUGAGCGCUAUCGCCGGCACGGUACCCACUCGGUCAAGAUCACAGGGUGGGGAGAGGAGACGCUGCCUGAUGGAAGGACCCUCAAAUAUUGGACUGCAGCCAACUCUUGGGGCCCUGCCUGGGGCGAGAGGGGCCACUUCCGCAUCCUGAGAGGCACCAACGAGUGUGACAUUGAGAGCUUUGUACUGGGCGUCUGGGGCCGCGUGGGCAUGGAAGAUAUGGGGCAUCACUGAGGUUCUGGGCACAAGGCCAGGCCUGGAUUGGGGUCCCAGGCGAAGGCAGCCAGUGGGAGAGCGCCUCCCCUCGGGGCAGGGGCCAGCCACUUCCACCAUGUCCGAUGAAGCCCCAGACGCAGGCAGGCGCCAGGGCUUUAAUCCCCACAGGUUCCGCUGACGCAGCGCCCCGCCUGGGAGCCGCGGGCAGGGGAGGCUGGCGGAGCCCCCAGACCUCCCAGUGGGAACGGGACAGGACCUGGCUGGGGAGGAGCUGGGCCUACAGAUCCCAGGGCCCUGGGAUCCUCAUCAAGACUACCAAAGCCAGGACUCCCCCAAGUCUCCAGCCCCACCCCACCCCCACUCCACCCUGUAAUUCUUACUCUUCAGAGAUAUUUAUUUUUCUUUUCACUGUUUUCAAAUAAAGCCAAAGAAUU